AGAAACUCGAGUUCUCGACGUUUAUUUGAAAUUUAUACAGUGGUGAUCGUUACUGAAUCUUGAAAGAUGGAAGAAAUACAGUCUCAAAUUGAUAAUUACAGAUCAUCAUCAUCUUCAGCAAGUAGCCCCUCAAACCGGGUACCACCAACUAGUAGUUUCUUUUACUUGAGAAGGCCCGGUUCGAAUAGGCUACCAAUCUCCUUCAUAGACUCACCUCAGUGGGAUGACACUGAUGAUAUUGAGGUUAAAGUUGAUGGUGGGGGGGAAUCUGUCAAUGUUACUUCAACUCCAAUCUCCCCAUUCCUUUCAAAACUGAGUAUCGGGUCAUUGACACAAGUGAAGAGGACGGUUUCUGGUGCUUCGGUUGUUUGGAAAGACUUGACAGUGAGUAUUAAGGGGAAGAGGACAUAUUCUGAUAAGGUGAUCAAGAGUUCAAGUGGUUAUGCAUUGCCUGGAACUAUGACUGUCAUCAUGGGUCCCGCCAAGUCGGGGAAAUCAACACUUUUGAGAUCUCUUGCAGGUAGGUUGCCUGAUUCAGCCAGAAUGUAUGGUGAGGUUUUUGUAAAUGGAAUAAAGUCAUACAUUCCCUAUGGAUCCUAUGGAUUUGUUGAGAGAGAAACAACUCUUAUAGGAUCUUUGACAGUUCGUGAGUUCCUCUACUACGCAGCAUGGCUUCAAAUCCCGGGUUUCUUUUGGCAGACAAAGGAUGUGGUGGAGGAUGCAAUACUUUCUAUGUCACUGGGGGAUUGCAGUGACAAACUGAUUGGUGGUCACUAUUGCAUGAAGGGCCUCCCAAUGGGUGAGAAAAGGCGCAUUAGUAUUGCCAGGGAGCUUGUCAUGAGACCGCAUGUAAUGUUCAUAGAUGAGCCCCUUUAUCACCUUGACAGUGUUUCUGCACUCUUAAUGAUGGUGACACUGAAGAGGCUCACAAGCAGUGGAUGCACCCUAAUUUUCACCCUUCACCAGAGCAGUACAGAAGUGUUUGGUCUCUUUGAUAGAAUAUGUCUCCUUUCAAAUGGAAAUACACUCUUCUUUGGAGAAACGUUGGGUUGUUUGCAGCACUUCUCCAAUGCUGGAUUUCCUUGCCCAAUCAUGCAAAGUCCAUCUGACCACUUUCUCCGAGCAAUUAACACAGAUUUUGACAGGAUUAUAUCAACAUGCAAAAAUUGGCAGGAUGAGCAUGCGGAUUUGUCUGCAGUGAACUUGGACACGGCUGUUGCAAUACAAACACUUGAAGCAACAUAUAAAAGUUCAGAUUCUGCUGCUUCUACCGAAAGCAUGAUAGUGAAGCUGACUGAGAAGGAAGGCCCAUUUCUUAAAAGAAAGGGAGGGGCGAGUACUGCAACUCGUAUUGUAAUAUUGACUUGGAGAUCUGUAUUGAUAAUGUCAAGAGAGUGGAAAUAUUACUGGCUUAGGCUAUUUCUCUUUACUCUUCUAGCUCUCUCUAUAGGCACUGCAUUCUCUGGACUUGGACAUUCCUUGUCAUCUGUUGUGACAAGAGUUGCAGCAAUAUUUUUGUUCAUAUCAUUGUCUUCUCUUCUAAACAUAGCUGCUGUACCUUGUCUGAUAAAAGAAAUUGAGAUAUAUAGGAGUGAAGUUUCAAACCAGCAUUCCGGGGCUUUCGUUUUCUUGCUUGCACAACUUAUCUCUAGCAUUCCGUUCCUGUUUCUCAUAUCCAUUUCAUCAAGUCUAAUCUUUUAUUUCAUCACCGGGUUGCGUGAUGAGUUCAACCUGCUGAUGUACUUUGUGUUCAACUUCUUCAUGUGCCUCUUAGUAAAUGAAGGAAUGGUUUUGGUUUUUGCUUCCAUCUGGCAAGACAUCUUCUUGACCACAAUAACUUUGGUGUCAACAUAUGUGGUCAUGAUGAUUUCUGCUGGUUAUUAUAGAAUUCGGAGUGAUUUGCCAGGACCGGUAUGGAUGUAUCCUGUGUCCUAUUUGACAUUUCAUACUUACUCUCUCCAGGGUCUUCUGGAGAAUGAGUACCUAGGAACAUCGUUUGCCGUAGGGCCGGAGAAAAAGUUAUCCGGCUUUGAGGCUCUUAGGACUGUAUACAACAUAUUUGACGACGCUCAUGCAAAAUGGGAAAAUGCGCUAGUCUUGUUUGUCAUGGCUUUUGCAUAUCGUGUACUUGUUUUCAUUUUACUCCAUUUUUUUGUCAAGAAAAACAUCUCUGUACAUAGACUUCUCCCAUUCUGGUAAAGGCUAUCAUCAUAGAUUUUUUAAACAUUAGUUCUUUGGAUUUUGUUGCUUUC